CACUGUGGUAUUGAGAGAGAUUGUUGGUUGACGUCACUUUGAUUGCCGACACUUUCGCCUUGAAGUGGAGCUGAAUAAACCUUGAGAUGAGUCUCCUUCAAUCUGUUCGUACUAACCCGCGCACCACACUCACUCCCUCACUCUCCCACAGAGACUGAAUUGGAGUAACAGCUCCUGUCUGCCUGCGUCCAGCCGGCCUAAUACACGGGGAAUAAAAGACUUUAUCACAUUUCGAAGGUACUCACAGUAAUUUUGGUCGACUUUUUAUCUGAGAACCUAAAAAUGAGGAAGGAUACUCCAUACCUUGGAUGUCUGCAGAUAAGUCGGGUGCUAUCUUGACAGAAAAAAAAAAUCUUUCAGGAACUCUAAUCAGUUGUUUUCUUCUGAAGGGUCAUAUGGUAGUUAAAGGAAGAAUCUGGUGUCCUGUCAAUAAAAGUAAAAAUACCUGCCAGAGAAAAAAACUCCCGUAAGCUUGAUUUGAGAACAACCUCUUCUCUCGGAAUGUUGGUGGAAUUCAAAUUCUUUGCUAGACUGUGGUCAUUUUUCUAGCUGCAACCUGAUAUGGAGUCUGGGGAACAUUUGACAUCGUCAUCGUCAUCAUCUACACCCUCUGCUUCUUCCACAUCUACUGCAGCAACAUCCAGAAGUAGCCUUUCCACUGGUUCUGCAGUUCUUGGCUCUCCACUUGCGUCUUGUGGGCAUUUAUUUGGAACUGCUGGGGGUCAACCGUUUAACCUGACCACUGCAUCAAGUGCCUUCCCAAUGGUCAGCCACACAGCCUUUGGUCUCCAGUCUUCAAGCUCAGGACGUUCAGAAUUUGGUGGUCUUGGGACACUUGGUUCAUCUACAGCCUUAACAACACAUCCCCAGUUAGCAUCUUUUCCAGAGUGGUGGCGUACAGCAGAUGGACAUGGACAUGCUGGGGCAGCUUAUUUUUCACCUUUCCUGGGAAUUCCUCACCUUUUUGCUUCUUCAUUACAAAGUCAUGAUUCCAAUACAUUCCAUUGUAGAACAAGCAAGAAUGGUCGUGGGACUAAGAAAGGUAUGAAUGGAGCUGUAAAUGGAAGUGGCAUUACAGCAGUAUCCUCUGCACAAACAUCUGCAACAUCCACUACUACAUCCAUUUCUUCAGGGCAAACUAAACUGAUAAAUUCUGGAGUAAGGCUUCAUAAAUGUAGCCAAGAGCAGAACAAAAAACAAAUGUUAACCUCUGAAGCUAAUAAGAUUAAAAACAAGACACCAAGAAAAGAAACAGUUGAAAGCUCUAGCAACAGCGAUAGUGAAUCAGGAUCCUCAUCAGACAGUUCGAGCGAUGGUAUGAGUAGUAGUAGUAGUAGUGAUACAGAUGAUUUGGAUGAAGAGGAUGAGGAUGAUGAGGAUCAGAGUCCUGAAGAAAGUGAUGAUGAUGACGAUGAUGAUGAUGAUGAUGAUGAUGAUGAUGAUGAAGAAUCUGAUUCGGAGAGUGAAGCACAACACAAAAAGACUAAGGUGCUAAUACAAAGUGUAAAAGAUGCUAAAAAAAAUGGUCAUAAAGCAUUGGAGAUAGCUCAAGAAAAAAGAACUCACCAGCAGAUACCUCUUGCAUCUGAUCUUCAGACUCUAUCAACAUUCCAGCCUCAGGUUUUGUCACAGCAACUUCCUUUUGUUUUCCAAAGUACUCAGGUCAAGGAGGAGACUGUGAACAAGCAUCCAAGUGUUAUACAGUCCACAGGACUUGCCCCCAAUGUGAAGCAGUCAUCCCUGGUAAACCACACUAAAAAAGAGGCUUCUCCUAACCUUGUUCCUCCAUUGGACCUCAAAGUACGGAAUAAAGAUGUUUGUGAAGAAUCGGGGUCAGUAAUCACUGAUUUGAGAGUAAAACGGGAACACUUUAAGCAAACUUUUCCAACACAUUUAAAAAAGCAGCUGGAGCACUGCAAGAAUCAGAAGACCAGUGCAACCUCAGUGAGCCCUCAGAGUAACUCUGCUUCACCAGCACAUCAUAAAUUGCAGCCUGUGGAUAACCACCACACAAACCCUUUCCUUACAAAUGCACUUUUAGGAAAUGAUCAACCUAAUGGAAUAAUUCAGAGUGUCAUCCAGGUGUCUCCAUUAGCACUUACAACCAAGAACAGAAACCAGACUAAAACAAACGAAAAACUUAAUUCCAGUAGUACCUCAUUUUCAUUAACUGCUAAUUCAAGUGCUAGUGGAAAAAAUCAUUGCACCAACCAAGUGUCAUUAGCUAGACCCUCUACCUCUCCUGUAUUAUUUCAGAGUUCUGGAAAAGACAGUUCCAUGAGCAAUAAUUUUAUAAAAACAAAAUCCCAACACGUAUUAAAUUCUUCCAAGCGUUUAGUGGGUCAUUUUCGAGGGGUGGAUUCUGACAUUCCCAGCAGUAAAGACUCUGAGGAUUCAAAUGACGAUAAUGAUAAUGAAGAGGAGGAGGAAGAAGAUGAUGAGGAUGAUGAAGAUGAUGAUGAUUCUGAUGAGAGUCAGUCUGAAUCUGAUAGUAACUCUGACACAGAUACAGACGGCUCUGAAGAUGACAAAGACUUGGAUGAAACAGAAAGUGAUACUGAAGGAGAGAAAACACCCAUAACAUUUAAAAAAGUGGUCCCCGAUUUGAAUAAUUCUUCCUCUAGUCAUUUGUCACAUUCUGGACCUCUAAAUCUUCAAGUUGUAAAGAGUUCAAAUUCUGCGUCUGCUGUCUCUGUCCACAGAUCAACGUCUCCAGCAUUCCGAAGCACUUCUUCACUUACUGCAUCUCCACCUUCUGGCUCAGCAAAAAGGAGAAGAAGAAUUACAGAUGAAAGAGAGUUGCGCAUUCCUUUGGAGUAUGGAUGGCAAAGGGAGACACGAAUCAGAAGUUUUGGUGGACGUUUUCAGGGAGAAGUCAUAUACUUUGCUCCUUGUGGGAAAAAAUUAAGGCAAUACCCAGAAGUAAUGAAGUACCUCAGUAGGAAUGGGAUAACUGACAUUACACGAGACAAUUUCAGCUUCAGUGCAAAAAUAAGAGUUGGUGACUUCUAUGAAGCCAGAGAUGGACCACAGGGCACACAGUGGUGCCUUUUAAAAGAAGAGGAGGUAGCCCACCGUAUACGCUCAAUGGAAGGGCGUAGAGGAAGACCACCAAACCCAGAUAAACAGCAUAUCAGAGAGGAGUCGAGAAUAAGGCGGCGUAAAGGAAGGCCACCAAAUGUUGGAACACCUGAGUUUUCAGAGAAUAAUGUCAAACUCCUUAGGAGGUUACAUGCCCAAGAAGUGGCUCGACAAGCUGCGCAGAUAAAACUUUUAAGAAAACUUCAAAAACAGGAACAGGCUCGGGCUGCCAAGGAAGCAAGAAAGCAGCAAGCAAUCAUGGCAGCCGAAGAGAAAAGAAAGCAAAAGGAGCAUUUGAAGAUGAUGAAACAACAGGAGAAAAUUAAAAGAAUCCAACAAAUGAGAAUUGAAAAAGAACUUCGGGCUCAGCAAAUUCUUGAGGAGAAAGAGAUGAGGAGACAGCAAGCUGUUCUUCUGAAGCAUCAGGAGUUGGAGAGACAUAGACUAGAUAUGGAACGAGAAAGGAGAAGGCAGCAUAUGAUGCUGAUGAAAGCCAUGGAAGCACGUAAAAAAGCAGAAGAAAAAGAAAGAUUAAAACAAGAAAAGCGAGAUGAAAAACGGAUGAAUAAAGAACGGAAGCUGGAGCAAAGAAGAUUGGAAAUACAGAUUGCAAGGGAACUGAAGAAGCCUAAUGAAGAUAUGUGUUUAGCAGAUCAGAAGCCUUUACCAGAAUUCUCUCGUAUUCCAGGCCUUAUCCUUACAGGAAGUACAUUUGCAGACAUACUGAUGGUGAUGCAGUUCCUUUGCAAUUUUGGCAAAGUUCUUGACUUUGAUAUCAAUGUAGAUAUUCCCAGUUUCACGAUUCUUCAGGAAGGACUAUUAAAUUUAGGAGACAGUAUGGGAGAGGUCCAGGACUUAUUAGUGAGGUUACUUUCUUUAACGGUUUGUGAUCCAGGUCUACCAGCUGGAUGCAAGGCUAAAACUGCUCUUGGAGAGCAUCUGACGAAUGUCUGUGUUAACAGGGAAAAUGUUUCUGAGGUUCUGCAGAUAUACAUGGAGGCUCACUGUGGGCAGACUGACCUAACUGAAAGCCUGAAAACCAAAUCCUUCCAGGCACAUACUCCAGCUCAGAAGGCAUCAAUACUGGCUUUCCUUGUAAAUGAAUUAGCAUGUAGCAAGAGUGUAGUAAGUGAAAUUGAUAAAAACAUUGAGUAUAUGUCUAAUUUAAGAAGAGACAAGUGGAUGGUGGAGGGAAGAUUGCGGAAGCUCAGAAUAAUUCAUGCUAACAAAACUGGCAAAAGAGAUUUAGUAUGUGUCUAUGGAGCUGAUGAUCUUAAUUCCUUGGAUGCUUCUACCCCUGGCCGUAAACGGAAGCGAAGAACAGGUGAUAGUGAUGAUGACGAUGAUGAGGAUGAGGAUAGUGAUGAGCAGGGAGAUGACGAUGAUGAUGACGAAGAUGAAAAAGAAGAUAAAAAAGGGAGAAAAGCAGAAAUUUGUGAGGAUGAGGAUGACAGUGAUCAGGCAGCAACCGUUGAAGAUCUAGAAAAGCACAUUGAAAAACUUCUCAAGCAACAAAGCUUAUACAGAAGGAAAUUAUUUGAAGCAUCUCACUUUCUGCGUUCCAUGGUGUUUGGUCAAGAUCGUUAUAAACGUCGAUACUGGGUCCUUCCUCAGUGUGGGGGCAUAUAUAUUGAGGGUAUGCAGAGUGGUGAAGGUCCAGAAGAGCUUGCAAAAGAAAAAGAGAGACUGAGAAAUUUUGAAAGCAUUCAUCUCAAGGAAGAAAAAAAAGACGCAGCUGACGACAGUUUAGUUGGUUUAAACUUGGCAAUUAGCAGUGCCAAGUGCUGCAAAGAAGAACCAAAAGAGAAGCACAAUUCUAAUCUUUUUUUACAGAAACCUGGCUCUUUUUCAAAAUUGAGCAAACUUUUGGAAGUAGCAAAGAUGUCUCCUGAUUCAGAUUUGGUGAUUAUACAAAAACAAAAUGGAGGACAGGUGAAUGGAUCACUUAUCUCAUCUUCCAUUCAAACCAGUUCACAAAAUGGACAUUGUACUUCUGAAGCUUGUAUAUCACUGAGCAGCCCAGAAAAACUGGAGUCAAAUAUUAAUCCCUUUAACUCUCAUUUAUGUGGCCCUGGGAAACUGUACAACUCUUCAUUGCUUCCAAAUGAUCAGCUGCUGAAAGUGCUUACGGAAAGAAGCGGACAGUGGUUCAGUCUUUUACCAAAAACUCCUUGUGAUGACUCAUCUCUGUCUCAUGUAAAUGACCAGUCUACAUCUUCUUCAGUAACUCCAAAUACUGUGCCUCCCUUUUGUUCUCAUUCUUCAUCCUUAUCUUCAGUUUUGAAUUCAGUGUCUACACAAAGUCAUCUGGGACAUAAUUCUUUCUCUAUACCAACAGUACAUUUAAAAUCCGGUUUACCAUUGAUGGGUCUUCCAUAUUGUGGGUGGUCUGCAGGAAUGCUUACCCCAAAUGUCUUGUUUUCUUCACCAAAGCCUGGUGGGAGUCCUGCUGUAGGAACAUCAGAAGGAAAUGGGAAUCCAUUCUUGGCAACCAGUGCGUCUAUAUGUAAAGUUGAAUCACCAGUACCUCAAACUGAGAAACCAUUGUGUACUCCCUCUCCUAUAGUCGAUGGACCAAAACCAGUGGAUUAUUGUAGCCCAAUGCCUAUACCAGAAGAAAUGCUUUAUGGCUGGUGGAGGAUCAAAGAACCAGAAGAACUGAAACUUUUACUUAAAGUACUUCACCUCAGGGGAAUAAGGGAAAAGUCUCUGCAAAAACAGAUUCAGAAGCACUUGGACUACAUCAGUCAAGCUUGCAUUAAAAAUAAGGAUGUUGUUGUCAUAGAAGAAAAUGAAGAAAACCAAGCAAGUAAGGAACUUGUUGAAAGCUGGUCUGUGGAGGAGCAAGCCAUGGAAACAGAUGUAGCUGUUCUGCAGCAGGUGGAAGAACUGGAAAGAAGAGUAGCAUCAGCAAGUCUUCAAGUAAAGGGGUGGCUGUGUCCAGAACCUGCGUCUGACAGACACGAUUUAAUCUACCAUGAACAUAAGCUGCUGUCUAAGCUGUACAGGGAUGGUGAAGGGGAAUUUGCUGGGAAAGAAGAUGGCAGUGACAUCUCUAUUGAACGGAAGCAUAACAACCCUCUAGAUAUAGCUGUAUCUCGUCUGACUGAGUUGGAGAGGAACAUAGAGCGAAGGUAUCUGAAGAGCCCCUUAAGUACCACCAUUCAGAUCAAACUGGAUAAUGUGGGCACAGUUACUGUCCCUGCUCCUGCACCAUCCAUUAGUGGUGAUGGUGACGGAACUCCAGAGGAUAUUGCUCCAGGGUUAAAGGUGUGGAGAAAGGCAUUGUCUGAAGCUCGCAGUGCAUCACAAGUGGCCAUGUGUAUUCAACAGCUACAUAAAUCAAUAGCAUGGGAAAAGUCAAUCAUGAAAGUUUACUGCCAGAUCUGUCGAAAGGGAGAUAAUGAAGAAUUACUUCUGCUUUGUGAUGGUUGUGACAAGGGGUGCCACACUUACUGCCAUAGACCCAAGAUCACCACUAUACCAGAUGGUGAUUGGUUUUGUCCGUCUUGCAUUGCAAAGGCAAGUGGUCAGUCUCCACGAAGUAAAAAAGCUUUUAUUAAAACCAAAAAAAGUAAUGAACAGAAGAGAUGUCGGAAAUUGUCAUUAACUAUGGAAGGUGAUGAUGAUGAUUCAGGAAGUACAAGCAGUACUCCAAAGAAAAGCAGUAAAGAAAUGAAAAAGCGAAAGGUAGAAGAAACAUCUCUGCUUAAGACUGAUAAUUCAUCACCUGUUAAGAAAACACUUAUGAGAGAUGACUCCCAGGACAUGUCUUUGUGCAGUAUGAUCCUGUCUGAUAUGGAAACGCAUGAAGAUGCAUGGCCCUUCCUGCUUCCAGUAGACUUGAAACUUGUUCCUGGCUACAGAAAAGUUAUUAAAAAGCCAAUGGACUUUUCAACUAUUAGAGAAAAACUUAACAAUGCACAGUAUCCCAGUAUUGAAGCAUUUUCUUUGGAUAUAAAGCUGGUUUUCGACAACUGUGAAACAUUUAAUGAAGAUGAUUCUGACAUUGGUAGAGCAGGUCACAGUAUGCGGAAUUUUUUUGAGAGGCGAUGGACAGACAUUUUUGGAGGAAGCUAAGACUUCUAGAACAUUUUCAUACCUUGAUUGCAACAUAACCAGCAAUGUGAAUUUUCUUGCAUAUGUUAAAAAGUUCAAGCUGCUUCCAUACCCUUCAGCUACACAACUAAGGGCAUCUUACAAGAUUGAUACAGAAUGGAUUCACUGCUCUAGGGAAUGUGACCAGAUGAUCAUACAUUUAUUUGGUUUACAAACCAUUUAAGUAUAGCAAGAUGUACACCCAAAGAAUUCCAGAGAAGGGGGUGUUGAAUAGUGCAAUAGACAUGAAACUAUAUCAGUACGCACUGAAGUUACAACCAUAAGAGCUGUAUGGGGAAAUGAGUUUUCUUUUCUCCUUCAGUAAGUUUCUGUUUUUCUUAGUGAUUUCUGAAUAGGGCUUUUGAUUUUUCUUGUGUAAUUUGAUGGAUAGUCCAUCAGUCAACUUCUAGAUCCAGAAUCCUAUCCGACCUAUCCAAAUUUUGGAGGAAUGGCCAGAUAGUAGGAUCGGUUAGAUGUUUGUCUCGGAUAUAGAUAGUCACAGGUCACAGUUAGUAUCUGGCAAGAUCUGACAUGGUGAGAUCCAGUAACUGGAUAUCAACGAUAUCGAUUGUAUCCUAGAAUAUACCAUAGUAUCCACUCCUAUCAAAUAUCCGAGAAACACUAUGGUUUUUUUCUUUUUAGUUUUGUAGUUUAUCUACUAAAUGUAUUUAAUUUUGUGAAUUAUUUAUAAUUAGAACAGCAUUGAAGAUCUUCAUUUUCUGUGAAAAGGAAGAACAUCAAAACUGAUUUAAAUCUUGAACACAAAACAGGGAAUGUUUUAAAAUAUAAAACAAAGCCAAGUAAACUGUUUACACUGUUUUGUGCUGCAAAAAGCACUAGAAAAUUCAUCUUUACAGUAGAGUUUCAAUUACAUUUAUAUAUUUUUGCUGCGUUACUUAUGUGCAGUUAUAUUGUAUUCAAGAACGGUGGAGACACACUGCAGCAUCUGUAUAUACUGUUUAAUAUUGUUUAUAAAGAGUCUUUGUUUAAAAUAUGUAAGAAAUGUACAUAUUAUUUGCAGACAUUGAAUAUUGUUUAUGCCUUAGAAUGGCUACUACAUUUAAUUUAGUCUUAAGGUGACUGUACCUACAGAAUACAGUAUGGUUUGUACAUUACAUAUCCUCUGCAAACACUGUGGAGUGUCUUUAAUCUUGACAGUGCCUGUGUUUGAAAUGGGGUUGUAGGAGAUCUAAAUUUCCAUUUUUUCUAUUUUGUUCUUUAAUUUUGAGCCACCAGAGCCUCAGUUUUCAAUUAAACCAUUUGUAUCCAUGUGAAUAAAACUUGUAACAAUUUCAUAAACACAUAGUAUUUUUUCAUAAAAACAUUUCUGUCCAUUUGCCUUGCCACAGAAUGUAGAAAACAAGGGACAUUGUUACCACUCUAUUUAUACUGUGUGUUGUGGUGGCCUGCUGGAGGCAGCUAGUUCAGAAUUUCUUUUUGUACCUGCUUCAGAGUACUUGAAGUUAUUUUAUUUAAAACAAAAUGUUGUGAAAAAAGUAGCAUUCUGUUUUUUUAGGAGUGUUAUUUUUCACUAGUAUGUAUGGCACGGAUACAAUAAAAGGUUGUUUUGCAAGUCACUA